CCAUUUAUCCUGAAUCUGAUCCUCAUGCUUCUUUGGACAUCACUAUUGAUUCUUGUAUCUGUCAACGGACAAGCACCUGCUGCAAAGAAAGCUGUGGUAAUACCAAAUCCUCCAUGGACUCCUGUUUUCACAGGGGAGAAAGUGACUCUGACCUGCAAUGGAUCCCAUUUGCUAGAUCCAAACACAGUGUGGCAGGUCUAUGGUAGACAAUGGCAUAAGACGUCAAGACCUCUUGAGGUUACAAAGGCUGGAGAGUACAGAUGUCAAACAGAGGACUCAUCCCUUAGCAAGCCUGUGUACGUGGUAUUUUCUAAAGAUGCACUGAUUCUUCAAAUUCUAUACACUGUGUUUGAAGGAGACACAUUGCUACUAAAAUGCCGAGGACGGAAUGAUAUACAACUCACAGAGAUUUCAUACUAUAAAGAUAAAAAGUCCAUUUCUGGUGACAAUGAAAAUUCAAUGUUCUCAAUCCCUCAUGCAAGUUCAUCUCACAAUGGUGUGUAUUAUUGCAAGGCCAAGGGUAACAAAUGGUACUACCAAGACACUUCAAGAGAAGCAAAGCUCCAAGUCCAAGAACUAUUUGCACCUCCUGAACUGAAAACCACAAUUUCUGAUCCCACUGAGGGGACCCCAGUGACCCUGAGCUGUGAGACCCAGCUCCCUCCACAGAGGUCAAACACCAAGCUUCACUUCUCCUUCUUCAGAGAAGGCAAGGUCAUUGCAUCAGACUGGAAGGAGUCUCAGGUGCUCCAGAUCCCAGCCAUCUGGAGGGAAGACUCAGGGUUAUACUGGUGUGAGGCAAAAGCCAUGACUCAGAAUAUUUGGAAACAGAGCAACCAUGUGAAGAUCAGUGUGAAAAGAAUUCCCGUCUCUGGCAUCCUCCUGGAGACCCAGCCGCUAAGGACGCAGUUGAUUGAAGGAGAGAAGCUGGUCCUCAACUGCUCAGUAGCUGAAGGCACAGGAAAUAUUACAUUUUGCUUGCACAAAAAUGUCUCCAAAGAUUGUCUAAGAAAGAAGACAGAGUACUCAUUGAAGAAAGAAUUUGUAUUCUCUACUAUAAAGAAGAGUGAUGAAGGGAGUUAUUGGUGUACCGCUGACAAUAACAACAACACCAUAUCCAGCAGGACAGUGGUUGUCACUGUGAUGAUUCCAGUGUCUCAUCCUAUUCUCACUCUCAGUGCAGCUGGGAUGCAGGCUGUAGUGGGGGAAGUGCUGCAGUUUCAAUGUGAAGUCCUCAAAGGUGCUGCUCCAAUCUUUUAUCAGUUUUAUCAUAAGGGUUUAGUCUUGAAGACGAUCUUGGCCCCGUUUGGAGGUGCAGUAUCCUUUAACCUCUCUGUGACAACUGAGCAUUCUGGGGAUUACUCCUGUAAAGCCAACAAUAGCUUCAGUAGCCAGCUCAGUGAGAUGCUGGAACUCUCCAUCCUAGACCCUGCAGAAAGGGGCCUACUCAUCAUGGGAAUCAUUGUGUCCUUGCUCGGCAUCUUGGGUCUUGUGGCUAUUGCCAUUCUGGUUUACUCCAAGCUCAAGAGGAAAUCAGGAAGAAGUCCUGUCUCUGAGCCCUCCAGGGACCGACCUAUCACAGACCCCCAAGAAUCUGGCCACUCAAACUCAGUCCCCCCAGUGGAGCUGCAGCCAAUAUAUGACAAUGUGACUCCAUUCAUUGAGGACGUGGUCUAUACUGAAGUAUGGAAUAUGCAGCAGGGGAAAAGAAACACAGCAGACACCUCAGAGACCCCUCCAGAGGACAAGGACUCAGUCACGUAUUCUGAGGUAAAGACACAUAGCCCUAAUAACUCAAGAGGGAAAGAUAAGUCCAUGGAUGGGAACUGUGAAGAUGGUACAGAAAAUUAUGAAAAUAUCCUGCUCUCCUGACCUUAUGAUCCCAAACCUAGACCCAUCACAUUCUUCCAGGACCUUCAA